AUGUCCGGAGUCAUCAGCAAGCGCCAGCAGGCGCGUAAUGAGAAGCAGCUGCAUGAAUUGGUUCAUACUGUAACGGGCAACAACAUUUGUGCUGACUGCUAUGCGCGCAACCCAGCAUGGGCCUCAUGGAGUUUGGGCGUGUUUCUCUGCAUGCGAUGUGCGGCCAUCCACCGGAAGCUCGGCACACAUAUUUCCAAAGUCAAGUCCCUCAGUAUGGAUAGUUGGUCCAACGAACAAGUCGACAAUAUGCGAAAGGUCGGCAAUGUCGCUUCGAACCAAAUAUACAACUCCGGGAGCAAGAAGCCACCUGUACCAAUUGACGCAGACGAAGCCGAUUCAGCUAUGGAGCGUUUCAUACGACAGAAGUAUAUUCACAACGUCACAGCUCAGUCCAGCAAGCCACGGAGCCCGAUAUCCGACGAGGGAACUCCUCCACCGCUACCGCCAAAGAACUCCAAGUUUGGCUUCCGCGCGGCCUUUUCGCGAUCCAGAGCCGUGUCCGACAAAUCGCCCAGUUCUUUUGGACCGGGCUCACCUACGUUGACGAACAAGCCGUCGAAAUUGUUUGGCGCCACGGUAGACUAUGAUGCUCCCGACGACACAGAUAAGAAGCUGGUUAAGCUGCGCGACAUGGGCUUCCAGAACAACCAACGAAAUUCAAUUGUCCUUAAGGGGGUCAGUGGCAAUAUGGACCGCGCUGUUGAAGCUCUCGUGCGACUAGGCGAGGGAGAUCGACCCCCCCCCGCGCCGCCAAAGGAAAAGACGCUGCGCGCGACAAGAUCCCUGACGCCAAUGAUGCCCAACUCGUCCGGAAUUACAGGGGGCUUGAAUGUCGUUAAGCGAUCUGAAACGGACCGGCCGACGACGUCUUCAACUACAUCUACGAAUCCGUUUGACAUGUUGAACCGCGCACAACCUCAAACAGCACAGUCUACGGGCUCAUUGCAGAACACCAACCCCUACGCUGCCCCGACGAACCCGUACGCCUCAAUGUCUGCGCAGAGCAGCCCCGUCGACCAGGCAUUCCAAAACUUGACAAUUUCUGGCCAGCAGACGGGAGCUUCUCCAAAUGGUACAGGAUUCUCUCUGCCGAUGCCGCCACGCCCGCAAAUGUAUGGACACUCUGCGCCUGCCAGCCCUCAACCGCAACACGGACUGGGCCUGUCGAACAAUACUGGCUAUCCUUUUACAACACAGCAGCAGAGCAGCUUGCAAUCACAGGCGACGGGAUACAACCCAUUCUUUUCGCAGCCGGUAAAUACAAUGCAGCAGCAGCAGCAGCAGCAGCAGCAGCAGCAACAGCACUAUCCUGCACAACAUGGUAUGGCGAUGAACAUGAACCACAUGGGCGGACAGUUUGCGUCAAACCCGUACCAGAUGUUCCAGCCGCAGCAGGCGUAUCAGCAAUAUCAAGCUCCCCGCCAUGACAAGGCAUCCAUCAUGGCGCUGUAUGGCCAGUCGCAAAACCCGCAACUGCAAGCUCAGGCGCAGAGCAUCCCGGAGAAUCAGGCUGUGGAUGCCUUUGCUGCUCCAAGUAUGCCUGCAGGGUUGCAACAGCCACGCAGCGUGUCGCAGCCGCUACCCGGAACAAACCCAUUCGCGGCCAGCAUGCAACAAGCUCCCACAGCGACGGCAGCAGGUUCGGCGGAGGCAUACCAGAACGGGCGGCAAAUAAGCCGGGAGAGCAUGAACCUGGGGCUAGACAUGGCGUGGACCAACAAUGGGCGGCACAGUCCGGAUGCCUUUGCCAGCCUGAGCGCGCGGCACGUAUGA